AUGUACAUUGAUACGAAUACAACUACACUGAGUGAGGCAUUAUCUGUGCUUCGCGAUACACCAGAAAUCCGGCCAUGCCAAGCAUACUGCGACACGGAGAUUUCAUCAUGUCCACCAAGUCCAGAGAAUCUUGCCCCAAGUCCGUUACGGGUGAGGAAGGUCUAUCUAAAGCAGAUCGAUAUGAGUGCGCAAGCCUCAAUCGUCGACGCCUCUGAACAAGUCUCCCUCACUCGAGUUGUGACGUCCAGUUCUGACAAGCAAGUCGACUUGCCGAGACCAGUUCCACCGGAAAAUGAUACUAGGGAACAGGACCAAGAGAUGAGUCAAAGGAGUUUCCUUGGAAGUGUUUCGUCAGUAACUCCGGAUCAUACUACACAACCUAUCAACCCACGCGGCAGUCAUUCACUAGGUGACCAUGAGGUGACAGCGUACGACUUUGACCCGGCAAUUACACGGGUGGAACCACUGAAACAUACUGAUGGUGUGACGGGACGUACUAUACCAGGUAAGCCUGUUCCUGAGUAUCGUGGAGCAUUGGGGACAAUUUAUCGUCCGUUACCUCAGGUACCGUUGGAAAAGAUCAAGCUC